AUCAAUAUAAGAGAACACAUGAGAGUCCAAACUUCAUUCAAUUCAAGUCUCAGUUCCAAGAAAGAAACAAAAGGUUACUUCAACUGGAUCAUGAAGUCAAUCUUAGCCAACACUUCUCUCGACUCUUCAUUCUCUCUUUCUAAACGUUACUUUAACUGGAAGAAGAAGAAAGUUCAAGAAGACGACGACGAAGAAGAGGAAGAAGAAGACGACGAUUACAACCACAACGAAGAAAAAAUCUUGACCCGUUUCAACUUCUCCUCUGACCCGACCCGUCCGGAUCAGUUCAGUACCCAACAGAUGAUGAAGAAGAAAAAAAAGAAAAAGACUCUCGAAAAGAUCCGUUACGCUCUCGGGUUCUCUAACUCGGGUCUGGGUUUCCGUGUCGUGGGUACUUUAUUCGGUAACCGCCGUGGACACGUGUACUUCGCCGUACAAGAUGACCCGACCCGUUUACCCGCUGUUUUGAUCCAGUUACCGACUCCCACGAGCGUUCUCGUACGUGAGAUGGCUUCAGGGCUAGUGAGAAUCGCGCUUGAGACGGCGGCGUUUAAGACGGAUACGAAGAAGAAGCUUUUGGAAGAGUCAACGUGGAGAACGUAUUGUAACGGUAAGAAAUGUGGUUACGCGGCGAGGAAAGAGUGUGGUGAAGCGGAGUGGAAGGUGUUGAAGGCGGUCGGGCCUAUAACAAUGGGUGCCGGAGUUUUACCGGCGGCGAAGACGACGGCGGGGGAAGAAGAAGGGAAUGGAGCGGUUGGGUCCGAGAAAGGUGAGCUCAUGUAUAUGAGAGCCCGGUUCGAGCGGGUUAUCGGGUCGAGAGACUCCGAGGCGUUUUACAUGAUGAACCCUGAUGUGUCAAGUGGUGGACCUGAGCUUAGUGUGUAUUUUCUAAGGGUUUAAGUGGGAAAAAGGAAUAUAAGCUAAGAUUAGUAGUAUAUGAUUAAAAAGGUAAUAUUUGACCAAUUUAAGAAUGUGUUUUUGAUUUUGGGCUUUCGUUUAAAUGAUGAUGUUCAACUUGUGAUA